GGCUGAAGUCAAGCGAGCCAACCAUGACCGGCAAAACACAGACCAGUAAUGUCACCAAUAAGAAUGACCCCAAAUCCAUCAACUCGAGAGUUUUCAUUGGCAACCUCAACACAGCCAUUGUCAAAAAGGGUGACAUAGAGGCGAUCUUUGCAAAGUAUGGAAAAAUAGUUGGCUGCUCGGUGCACAAAGGUUAUGCAUUUGUACAGUAUAUGAGUGAGAGGCACGCAAGGGCUGCUGUGGCAGGAGAGAAUGCCAGGAUCAUCGCGGGGCAACCUCUCGACAUCAACAUGGCAGGAGAGCCCAAACCAUACAGACCUAAGCCUGGAAACAAGCGGCCACUUUCAGCUCUCUACAGACUUGAAUCGAAGGAGCCUUUCCUGUCUGUUGGUGGCUAUGUCUUUGAUUAUGACUACUACAGGGAUGAUUUCUACAAUCGGUUGUUUGAUUACCACAGCCGGGUCCCUGCACCACCUCGUGCUGUAAUUCCAUUAAAACGCCCACGCGUAACUGUCACAGCAACUCGCAGAGGAAAAGGGGUAUUUUCCAUGAAAGGGGGAUCAAGAUCAACAUCAAGUGGAACUUCAUCGUCGGGGUCAAAAUUGAAAUCAGAUGAGUUACAAACAAUCAAGAAGGAAUUAACUCAGAUCAAAACAAAAAUUGACUCUUUGCUAGGGAGGCUGGAGAAGAUUGAGAAGCAGCAGAAGGCUGAAGCUGAAACCCAUAAGAAACAAAUAGAAGACUGUGCAGACUUGAUCCAAGAGGAAUGUAUAUCAGAGAACGCUGACAAUUCCACAGAGGAUCCUAUAGAAGGAGGUUUAGAUGCAGAUGGAGAUGGCGAAGAGAUGACUGAUGGGAUAGAGGAGGAUUUUGACGAGGAUGGAAGUAACGAGCUGUUUCUACAGAUCAAAUGAAUUUGGAAUGACAUCCAGUCCCUUUGGAAACCAAGAACAUAAUAAUUCACAGACUUCCCCAUGUGGAAAUGCGAGCUGCUGUUUCUUGCUGGCUAGCAACAUCUUUGACUCAAUUUUUAUGGGGCGGGAAAAUGAAUUUACUUCUUGAAAUGGACAUUACCAUUCAAAACUUUAAAAUUCCAUUUCUUAUAUGUUCUAAAGCUGUACAAUUGUCAGAUUUAUAUGGUUUAGAUUGUAAAUGUGUUUUUUCCUGGCUAAUUAUUGGUAUUAUUUUUUUAAUUUUGAUGUCAGAAGGCCAAUGAAUUGUAUGAUAAUAUGAAGGACAUAUUUAAAAUGAAGGAGACACUGUAUACAAAUGUAUAUUUGUAAAAGCUAUUUUUAUGAUUAGCAUGUUUUAUGGUUCAUCAUAUUAAAAGUCAGGUGAUAUUUCACUUAAAUGUUUACAGCAUAACGAAAUGAGAUCAUGAAAGAUUUAUGAUCUAAUAUGUUAAAUAGUAUUUUAAUUAUUUGUAUUUAUUUAUAUUCCUGUUUUAGAGCCAGUGCAUUUAUUAAGAAGUAGGGUCAUAAUGGAGGUCAAAGUAAUAUUCAUGCCCAGAUUUAUUUGUUUUUGCAACACAUCAUAAUGCCAAAACAAAAAUAAUUUGGAUAUAGUAGUUUUGUGCGCAAUAUGUAUCCCACUGAAAUCAAUGGAAUAACUACCACUCAUUUCAAUACUCUGAACUGUGCCCUCAAAUCUUAGGAUGUUGUAAACCUACACAGAUACAUUUGCUGCUCUCUGACAUAACCAUAUGUCAGACAGCAUGGAUUGAAACAUGAUUUUAUUUCUUUUAAAAAGAACAGUAAUACUAAAACUUCCAAGAGUGUUGCGAAAUUGAAAGUUGGCAUGUUGCUUGAUUUCAUAAUUACUCCAUAACCCACCCGCAUUUUCCAAAUUGCCAGUAUUGAAGUCACAUGAUCAUGGCAGUAUGUUUGGGAUUGGCAACCAAGCUUUGUAGGUAGCUCCCCAUAAGGUUAGUCCAAUGACCUGGACUUAUUUUAAGCCAAACAUCUAUAAUAAUACCACAGUUUGCCUGAUGUUAAAAUUGCCCCGAGCGGUUUGGAUGCUCCUUCAGUCAAGCACCUAACUGGACGGAGAGGCAGUUCAGAUUUCUUUGUGGCAUCCCUGCCAAUAAAAUAUGAAGGAGGCCCUAGAUUGUGCAAUAUCUUUCUCUGCCUUUGUUUCUCAUUCCUAAGUGUUUCUUGUGCUCUCAAAAUAAGGCUGCCCAACUGUAUGUUAAUUUAUUCUGUGGUUUCUGUAUAAACACUUCCCCACACCCCUCACCAAAUCUGG